GUUCAGUUGAGGUCCUACAUUAAGGUCACACAGAAUGGCAGGCAGCAGCAAUAUCGAGUCGGUCUCCACUUCAUCGGCUCAACAGUCUCCUCUCUUUCUGCACGAGUCUCGAAUACCAUGGACGACACGUACUACUGGACCAUUGAAGACAGCGCCAAAUGGGCAAGCACCUGGGACGACGUCGUCGGCGACGUCCACCGCAUUGUUGACUACGUGAACGCGCAUCCUGAGAGCAUGACCUUUACCAAAAAGCGCACGGGACCCUGUCGACGCCCCCUUCAAAGAGGAAUAUGUCAUGAUCAACGACGCUGUUGAGGCGUGGGCGGAGAAUGUACUCUUCGCAAUCGGAAGAGGUUUCACUGCUCCAAGUCCGUGCACCGCUCGUUCGACCCCGUACAGAAGGUGUGCUGCUUCGCAUGCAUCAUUAUAUGGGGGACGAGGGUUUGGACAACUCGAGCGAUGUGGCGUGGAGCUGAUGGCAAAAUGGCGUCGAGCUGGAGGCUGGAACAGAAUGUUUCCGAGGGGAAGAGGUUCCGAGGCCGGAGGGAUCUCAACUUUGGCGGAAGAAUCUGACAACGCAAUUGACCUCUCCAGGUCAAUCUAGCUAUCGGCAAGUCCCGACGUUGAAGCGGCAACUGCCGCCAUCCUUCCGCGUGUCCGCCACUUGAAUUAGAUGGUUGACCAGCUCCCGCAUCCGCCUCACGCUCAGUCCGCGACUGAAGCGCCUCAUUGUCAUGCUCUGCCG